AUGGCUGGGAGCACAGAGCACACUGUGCUGCCAUACCAGGCUGUCUGGGAAACAGAUGGGCCUAAUGAAGGUCCUUUCUUUUGUCCAGAGUGUCAGAUAUUCCUCCCCUCUGACCUCACUCUGGAGAUAAACACCAGGCUUCAGACCAAAGUAAAGGACUUCACCACUAACAGGCCAUCAACAGCACAGCUACAGACAACAGCUCCAAGCAGGGCAACCAAAUCAUCUUCAACCAUCCAUUGUGACCACUGCAUAGAGACGCCAGCAGUGGCCAUAAAGACCUGUCUGACCUGUGAUGCCUCGCUGUGCCAGGCUCAUGCCCUGCUGCACGAGCAGAGGUCUGCUCUGAGGGAGCACACAGUUGUGGAGGUGACAGGAGAUCCGCUGUCUCUGAAGUGCAGGGAGCAUCGUGAUGAGCUCAAGCUCUUCUGUAUGGAGGAAAGGGUCCCUGUGUGUUGUUUGUGUGUCCUGGUUGGCAUCCACAAGAACCACAAAGCAUCUCAACUCCAUGAUGCCUGCGUACACUUCAAGGGCAUGUUAGAGACCACUAUGGACCAACUGCUGAAGAGGAGAAGCGAAGCAGAACUUGCCAUCAAGGACUUGGAGUCACUGUAUACACAAACAGUGAAGUCUGCUGCAGAUUUCAGAGAGAGAAUCUCAGACAAGUACAGCAGAAUCCGCGUCGUGCUGGAUGGUGAUGAGCGCCUGAUGAUGCAGAUUAUAGAUGAAGAGGAGACAUACAUGACAGAGUGGUUAGAAGCCCAGAGGGGCAUCAUGGAGGCCCAGAUCAAACAGAUAGAUAGCCUCAGAGCCUCCAGCAAAUCACUCCUACAGGACACAAAUGAUCUGAGAUUCCUGCAGUGUACCAAUUGUAGAUUUAUAUUUGCAGAUCUAAGUUCUCCUGCUCUGGACUCCAAGACAGCCCAUCCGAAACUGGAAAUAUCCCAAGACAGGAAGCAAGUAUACUGGAGAAGACAACCUGUCAGUGAGGAUCUGAGCCCUCAACCAUAUGACUCCCAGUGCAGUGUCCUGGCUCAGGAGAGUUUUACUACUGGCCAGCACUACUGGGAGGUCAUUGUUCAGGAGAAACCCUACUGGCUGAUAGGUAUGACUACUGGGCCAGCUGAUAAAAAAGAUGGAUCAAGUCAGAGUUCCUCCAGCCUGGGUAUGACCAACACAUCCUGGUGCAUCUACCAUGGAGAUGGGCAGUACCUGGCAUGUCAUGAUACCCAGGAGAAGCGACUGUCAGUGGGAAAGAGAGUCAGAAAGCUGGGUAUACUGACCAAUCUCCAGAAGGGGGAGCUGUCAUUCUACGAUGCUGAUGCUAUCACCUUGCUUCACUCUUUCUGUGUGCAGUGCACAGAGCCUCUCUACCCCAUGCUAAACCCAUGCAUUGAUGUGAAGGGACUGAACAGGCAGCCUCUUACCUUGUUUUGCAUUAAGGAUCCCUAGGAGUGGCAUGUAAACAGAGAUGGAGAUAUAGAGUGAUCUUGGAGGACAACCUUAAAUGAUACACUGAUCAAACUCUAUAUUUUAUUUCCAUUUUUGGUUAGAUUAAAUCAAACGAUGGAAAUAUCAUACAUGCUUAAAAUCAUGUGUUUGUGUAAAAAAUUAAGCUGUUAAGUAAUAAAAUUAUAGCUGAGGAGUUUUGGUGUUUUAGUCUUCUCUAUAGUCAUAUAGUCAUCCCUAUAAUACCUUUCCAUUGUUUGCAGUUGUCAUGUAACAGUAAAUAUUUUAUCAAGUGUUAUCAGGUGCAAACAGCACUUUUGUUCUGCAGUAAAGUCUAGCUUCUCGUUCAGCAGCUUAGCAGUUCUCAUGUUCGACCUGAUGUAGCCUAGUUCAGGAAGAAAAUUACCCCUGGGUAAACUACUGGCUUGUUCUUUGUACAACUGUCCCCUCAAGAACAUGUAAGCCUUCAUUCUCACAUGUCAGUGGCCUUAGAGAGCUGCUGCCCUGCAGCAAACAGUAGUCAGUGAGGCCAAAUAACAUGAACACUGUAUGUGUAUAGAGGACAUAAGACUUAAAUCUCUUUUUAUGAUUAUUAAUCUUACAGUAUGGUUUUCUCUUUGUACAUGAAUGUUUUAAAACUUUUUGAAAAUAGUAGAAUGAAAACUCUUAUCCACCUAUUUGCUUCUUUUCUCUAAGUUCUUUGACUCACUGUUUAUUUUGGGGCUCAUCCACAGAACUUUGCAUUACAUAAUAAGCUUUUAAACAGUGGUGAUGAAAUGUAACCUUGUUUUGAUCUUGUUCAUGAAAACUAGAAUGACACAGGAACCCAAUAUCAUACAUUUUAUCUGUAUUUCUGAUUUUUAGGAUAUUCCAGCACUAUGAGUCUCAUCUUGAUCAGGGGUGUACCUAAUAGUUCUGCCACCCUUGGGCCUGGUGAAGACAUACAGUAAAGACAUGAAGGCACAGAACAGCAAGAAUAUCCCGUCAGAACACUGAUGCAUCUGAC